AUGUCUGAUGCGGCACGAGCCACAGUAAUUCUCGAAACAAUUCGCAUGGUGAUUGACGCCAUUGAUCAUGCGUUCGAUGCGUUCAAGUCAUUCAAGUCCAAACCCACGUCCACUGCUAUAGAUGAUGUCAACACGCAACUCCUAGACGACAGGAUAUCAGAGACUAUCGACCUGAAGGGCAAAAAGAUGGGGACUAUAGCUGAAGAAAGUGUUAGCGAGAAGUUGGACUACCGUGUUGUGAUCGGAGAAAAACUUCAAGGGGAAUCUGGAGUCCCAACAGAAGGCGAGAUUAGGGAAACGUGGAACGAAGAGAUUUCGAGUCCCGCGAAAGAAGUUCCACCAGGACAUGAAGAGGUAGCCGAGAAGCUGAACGUCGAAGGAAAGAUGCUUCGGAUUCUUAAUACUAUCCUUGGCAUUGGUCUUGUUGUAUCAAUGUCUUUCUCCCUGGCCCAUGAAUGGAAUUCUCUGACAGAUACUGGAAAGGUCCUGGGCGUACUAAAUGUUGUUGUCCAAGGACUUAUCGUGGUGCUCAACAUAGUCACUACUACAGCAGACAUCGGGUUGUUUGCGAUUACCGGAGCUAUGAGUGUGGCUUUCCCGGUUCUCGGGGCCGUCCUGGCAGUCAUCGGAAUGAUUUUGAUGAUUGUGCAGCUUUUUGUCAACUUCUAUUCUACCCGACAAGAACCGCCAGACCCUAACGCUGAUUUCAUUAGAGAGAAGGCACACAACCUGAUUGCGACCUUUGAUCUAUCCCCUGAACCCCAGCUCACCUACAGUUUUUCCGAGACAAAUGUGCAUGCAGGCGAGAAUACAGCCACUACCAUAACCGGUGUGAACAAUACCCCGAACAAGGUGACCCUGUCCCAUACUAGAAUCACGCUAUUCACUGGCAGCGAUGAGGUCUGCCUGUUCGGAACUACCAAGCCGUACAUACAGCGAGUUGAAGAUCAAGAUCCAAACAAGGACCAGAAUGGGUACACCUAUGUCACCACCCAUGAACUUUCUGGCGCACAAUUGCCAGAGCCAGCCAAGUUGGGGAAUACAUCCAACUACUACCAGUACGACCUCAAGGUCGCUGGCCCCCCACAUGAAUUCACCACCAGUCUCAAGAAUCUUAUCCUAGAGAAAGGCCAGAAGUUCCAGUCGGUGUGGACUGUCAGGAUCAACAAUAAGGGCAAAGACAGUGACAGCUCGACUAGCUGGAUUGAACUCGCUGAGGUUGGACUGAAGGAUAAGUGUCAGCAGCAGAAGUUCACGUUGCAUCGGAUCUGA